UGUCCCAUCAUCACCAUGGCUAAGGCUCCGGGUCGUGCCGCCUCCGCCGUGCGGCUCUUCGACGCGCACUGCCACCUGCAGGACCCCCGCAUCUACGCGGUCGCCCCUUCCCUCAUACGCGCCGCCACAGACUCCGGCGUUGCCCGGUUCGCGGUCAACGGCACCUCCGAGAAAGACUGGCACCUAGUGAAGCAGAUGGGCCAGGAGCACCCGGCCGUCGUCCCCUGCUUCGGCCUCCAUCCAUGGUGUGUGCCGGAGAGAUCGCCCGAUUGGAUGGAUUCGCUCCGGCAGUUCCUCUCAGAGACUCCGGAAGCGGCUGUUGGGGAGAUUGGUCUGGAUAAGGGAUCACAUGGAAAAACUAUUGACUUUGGAGAGCAGGUUGAAGUAUUCCAACGACAACUUGAGCUUGCUAAAGAAUUGGAGAAACCUGUUUCUGUUCAUUGUGUACGUGCCUUUGGUGAUCUUCUGGAAAUACUAAAGCGAACUGGGCCUUUCCCAUCAGGUGUGCUGUUGCAUUCUUAUCUGGGGUCUGCAGAAAUGGUGCUCGGCCUUGCAAAUUUAGGUUGUUACUUUUCGUUGUCAGGUUUCCUUACAGGCAUGAAAUCCACGAAGGCAAAGAAAAUGCUCAAAGCAAUACCCUUGGACAGAAUUUUGUUAGAGACAGAUGCACCGGAUGCAUUACCAAAGUUGGACAAUGUUUCUCUAGUAACAGUCCCUGUGGACACUUCAGAUGCGGAUACUGAAAAGUGUGACAUCGAUUCAACUUCUCCGGCAGUUAGCACUUCAAAUGAGUCCCUGAACCAUCCAUCUAACAUCCACAUUGUUUUGAGUUACGUGGCGUCACUGCUUGAAAUGCCAGAGGCAGAACUCGCCGAGUUGAGCUACAAGAAUGCUAGCAAGCUAUUUUCCUACCCUGGAUCAAAAGUUCAUCUCUGAAGCCAAAACUCUCUGAUUGGGGUGGCCAUCCAAUAUGAACCAUGAUCUUCUGAAUCCUGGUUUGUCCUGCCUCUGGAUAUUGCCUGUAUAUGUGUAUUUUGGUCGUGGUUAGUCUUAGACUAGGGAGUAAUCAGUGAAGAAAUAAGAAGGCGGCUAAUAGCUACUUCUGCCAUGUUGCCAAGUUCCUUUACACCGGGUAGUUUGUACUUUGCCACUCAGUGAUGACUGUAUAACAAAUUUGGCCGACAAACCAGCUAGUGUUCCUAUACAUGUACUGAGCCAUCAGAGUCUUAUGUAUUCUGGAUUCUGGAUAUGGAUGGGAUGUCUAGCUUGUAUUGCACCCUCUUGUCAUGUCGAGUAAAUCAUGGAAUCUCUUA